AGAAGCUGAGGGGCGGUGGCGGCGUCGGUGUAACGUUGCUUCACUGGCCUGUAACCUCAAUGGUCCACAUCUAGACUGAAGACUUGACAGUUGGACCCGACAGGACAGGAUUGCAUUCCAUUACCAUGACCACAGAAAAGGGAUUGCCCAUGGAGAUGAAGAGUACCAUGGAGGGUGAUGUCAGGAGGACCAAUCAGGAUCAUGACAGUAAGACAUCAGAUGACCAUCAUGGGGACAUGGAUGACAGCUCAGAGAAGACCCCCAGCAAAGCAUCAAAAUCCCCCCAGAAAUCUUCCAAACGCCCCAAAACCGUUCCUGUCAAAAUCUCCCUACUUGACGGCUCAGAGUAUGAAACUGGAGUAGAGAAAUUUGCCAGGGGGCAGUCCGUGCUGGACAUGGUGUGUGGCCAUCUGAACCUGCUGGAGAGGGACUACUUUGGCCUGACGUUCUAUGACACAGACAACACCAAGAAUUGGCUGGACCCGUCAAAGGAGAUCAAGAAGCAAAUCCGAAUUGGCUCAUGGCAUUUCGGCUUUGCUGUCAAGUUUUAUCCCCCUGACCCAUCUCAGCUCACUGAAGACAUCACCAGGUACUACCUGUGUCUACAGCUGAGGGACGACAUGCUGUCCUGGCGUCUGCCCUGCUCCUUCGGGACCUACGCCCUGCUAGGUUCUUACACGGUGCAGGCGGAGCUGGGUGAUUAUGAGCCAGAGGAACACGGGCCCGACUACAUCAGUGACUUCCGUUUCGCCCCCAACCAGACGAGGGAGCUAGAGGAGAGGGUGAUGGAGCUUCACCGCAACUACAGGGGAAUGAGUCCAGCGGAGGCAGAGGUGAACUUUCUAGAAAAUGCCAAGAAGCUUUCCAUGUAUGGUGUAGACCUGCAUCACGCCAAGGAUUCAGAGGGCAUUGACAUCAUGCUUGGCGUCAGUGCCAAUGGAUUACUCAUCUACCGUGACCGUCUGAGGAUCAACCGCUUCGCCUGGCCGAAGAUCCUCAAAAUCUCCUAUAAGAGGAGCAACUUCUACAUCAAAAUACGCCCCGGGGAGGUAGACAGACCAUAUUAUUAUGAACAGUUUGAGAGCACCAUCGGCUUCAAGCUGCCCAACCACCGGGCUUCCAAACGCCUGUGGAAGGUCUGCAUUGAACACCACACCUUCUUCAGGUUGGUGUCUCCAGAGCCCCCUCCCAAGGGCUUCCUGGUGAUUGGCUCCAAAUUCCGCUACAGUGGGCGGACCCAGGCCCAGUCGCGUCAGGCCAGUGUGCUGAUCGACCGGCCAGCUCCACAGUUUGACCGUUCGGUUAGCAAGAGGUACCUGCUGCCCCGCAGUGUGGACGGAGCCUCAGCCCUGGGAGACAGCAUGGACCAGCUGUCCCAGCGCAGCUCCAGUGAUCACACCCAGUUCCUGUCCAGAGAAGACCUGGAACAAGAGGGCAGUCUGGACCUAGACCAGGAUCAGGAUUACCAGGAACAAGACCAGGAGUACCAGGAUCAGGACGAGGAGACAGAUGGUUUUGCCACGUCCGCCAAGACCAUGGAGCUGAAGGGUGAGGAGGCAGGCUCGCCAGUAGACUCAAAGCUUGAGUCGGACCAGGAUCUGGCCACCCCACGCCCCCAACAGGAGCAGUUCCUGGACAAGCCCGAGGAUGUCCUGCAGAAGCACCAGGCCAGCAUCAACGAACUAAAGAGAGCUCUCAGGGAGCCCAACAGCAAGCUGUCACAGAGGGAGAAACGCUUGUCCACAGCCACGCCGCCUGGAGGCACCCCAGAGAGGAAACAGGCCUCUGUGGAUUCCAUAUUGAGUGAAAAGCAAGAUGGUGCGUGCAGAAGCUCAAAAGAAGAACAGAAUCAGUCCUCUCCCUAUACACUGCACUUAGCUUUUGAUCCCAAGGACACAACUCCCCCUUCAACCCUUCCUCUGAAAACACAGUGGUCCAGGGAGACAAGAGUUCGCAACAGGCAGAAUGUCACCAACGACUCUAGCAACGGCCAUUACAGGAACUCUAGCCAGGAAGCAACCAAGAGGAAACAAGUGGAGACCCCUCCUACACCUGCCAUUCAUGAGGAGCCUUUUGACGAAGCCAUGAGGGAGCCGUGGGAGCGGCGGUUGGGCUCAGUGUCAGAGGACGACCAAGACCACGAGACCCUGUACCUGAAGGAAACCCACCUGGGCAUUGAGCGCAAGUGCUCCAGCAUCACGGUCAGCUCUACGUCCAGCCUGGAGGCCGAGGUGGACUUCACUGUCCUCAUGGACCUCCAUACGGGCAUGGAGGAGUUCUCCAGGGGCAUGAUGGAGCUGGGCGAGAGGCCCAUGUCACCUGACGUGGGCCUCAGCCUGGGUAUCGACCUGCAGGGAACCCCGCCACCUCUCGUCUUGGCUCCUCUCACCGGGGCAAGCAGCAGCCCUCCUACCAAGCAGCUACACACCGAAGAGGUCCGACAUCAUGAGCCUGUUGUGCCCAGAAAACCAAAGAGGUCGGUUCCCAUCGACAGAGACCAGUCACAGAAAGAGACCACUUACUCAUCCCCCAUGACGGCGCUGAGCAGAGAGGCUAGUGACGUCGUCGCCUCCCAUGCACUAAGGAAGACUGAGGUCAAGAUCGACAGAGACCAGACAGUCAGAGAGACCACUUACGUGUCCCCCAUGACAGCGCUGAGCAGAGAGGCUAGUGACGUCGUCGCCUCCCAUGCACUAAGGAAGACUGAGGUCAAGAUCGACAGAGACCAGUCACAAAAAGAGACCACUUACGUGUCCCCCAUGACAGCGCUGAGCAGGGAGGCUAGUGAUGUUGUCGCCUCCCAUGCACUGAGGAAGACUGAGGUCAAGGUCGACAGAGACCAGACAGUGAGAGAGACCACUUACGUGUCCCCCAUGACAGCACUGAGCAGAGAGGCUAGUGACGUCGUCGCCUCCCAUGCACUGAGGAAGACUGAGGUCAAGGUCGACAGAGACCAGACAGUCAGGGAGACCACUUACGUGUCCCCCAUGACAGCUCUGAGCAGAGAGGCUAGUUGCGUUGUUGCCAGCCACGCAUUGAGGAAGACCGAUGUCAAGGUCGAGACACAGCCCAAUGGGUCAGAGGUCACUACAACCAUCGUGGAGUUUACAGAUCAGGAUCAUGGUGUGACUGUAAGAAGUAUAGGCGAGACUUCUUAUUCAACAACAGAAGGUGUUUCCCCUGUGCACAUGUGUACGUUGGGAAGAGAGGCCUCUGGAUCUCCAAUACUUGUUACUGAGAAUGUUACCUCUGCAACCACGCAUGUCACCAAGACGGUGAAAGGGGGCUAUUCAGAGACCAGAAUUGAGAAGAGGAUCAUAAUCACGGGAGAUGAUGAUGUUGACCAGGAGCAGGCCCUCGCUAUUGCGAUACAGGAAGCCAAGCAACAGCAUCCGGACAUGUUGGUCACCAAAGCAGUAGUUGUCAAGGAAACAGAAUCGUCCACUGAGGAUCCACAUGGGACAUCUUAGUCCUGAUUCCUGGGACAUGAGCGCCCCCUCAGGAGCAGACCUGUUGGUGCCUGAGCUACCUGAGACAACCACACUGCUGUACCACCCUGACCACUGCUAGUGGGGCUCCGACACACACAGCCACACAUGUUUCAAUCCCUCACCCUUACUACUCUUGCCCAUUGGGCCAACCCAUAUACUUCCCUGUUGUCUACCAUAGUAACAGGGCUCCUUUAAAUCCAACCAUUUAUUUAUGAACCUUUGCUCUGGCGGUGAUAUGGUGAAAUAUAGCCUCUUAGAAUCUAAGAGUGAAAUACUUACAUACUCGUCUCUCGCAUGUUGGCUCAGCAUUCCCGAACAGUCACAUUACAAGUCAAAAUGUUGAAACCACUUCAACUUACUUUACCUGUUGUCCAAUUAUUAUUUUUACUAUGUUGGAGGUAAUCUGAAACAACAUAUCCAUAGGGGAACGUUAUCAACCCGACCUUCAGUACGCUGGUCUGUAUAUUUCCGGUUUGUAUUUUCAAUACUGACUCAAUUUGCACGAGACAAACACUUAAACAAUUAGUCUGAACCUAACCACAGACCGAACGGCAAACACUUCAGCUGAUUACGAGGAAAUGUGCUUUGGUUGACAACGUUUGGUUACAUUCGGCUAUUGUUUACAUAUUGUGCAUCACGUGAAAUGCAUCACAUGAUUGAAAAUACUCACAGGAAUUACAAGCCGACAUAGCCAUAUACCUACCGGCGCCCCAGAAAGUUGGGCUAAUAGUACUUUCCUGUGGCCAUUUUAUCUCCACUUCCAACCGCCAAAAAGACACCCGGUAAAGUAUGUUUAAAUAUACUUUUAUUCAACAUUCUGUCUGGUAGAGAUUGCGUCUUUUUUACAGCGACUUAUUUCAGACUGAUAGCCAUGGAGUAACCAUGGUAACAGCCUGAUAUUUAGACAAGGUGAAAUACAGACAUGGAUGGCUAGAUAUGGAAAUGUCAUAAAUGAUGGCAGUCUUGGUACUAAGAAAUAACAGGUUGAAUGACAAAAUAAUGCCAAAAUUCCUUGUUUCACUGCUGGAAAGUUUCAGUCUACACCUUGUCUGCACCUGGUCUCAACACUCAAGCCAAACAACUGGGUUUUGACUAGAUAGGUUAGGAUAAUUCAUGUAGCAGGUUAGGAGAAUUAGGCUAAGGUUAGGUUAAGGGUUAGGGUUAGCUAAAAUGCACAUAAUAAAACUUGCCCCCAGGCUCGAAUUUUUGGAACAUAGAGCCUGGCAACAGUGUGGGUCUGUGAAGGGGUGUAGAUUUACUGAGUGACAUGAUAAUCCAUUCAAAUUCUGAGCAAAUCACACGACUAUGAGAUGUGGUUCCAAAUCGAGGGGGAAAAGUAUUUGUUAUGGUGCACCAUGGAAAUAACUCCCCAUAACCCAGGUAGUAGGAACAUAUCGACGUUCAUGCUAACAGCUAGCCAUAGCUUUGUUACACACAAACAAUACUGGCCCCCAAAUGCAGCACACUUACGGGGAGGUUCUAAGGGUUGCACUAAAUGGUGAUGGACUGAGAGAUCAGCCAAUUAAAACCAGUGGUUGUUUCUCCGCUCCUGCCAUAGGCUUCCAGUCAAGUCCUUUUCUGAGGUGCUUGGAAACCAGACGGUUCGACAGAGAGAGAGCCAGCUGGUGGGCGAGAUUAAUUUGAUAUAAGCUGUAUCCUAUCUAGACCACCAAACUGUUCUCAGUUUGCCUCUGCAUAGUAUCCUCUAAGGAAAUUAAAUGGGAAGGUUUUUGCCUGAAUGUCAAGUGGAUCCAAAUCUUAGGAGCUGUUGUCUCUUUGAUGUGCUCAUCCCAUCAUAUCACUUUAGAGUCUCACUGCCGUCACAACCCACACCAAUGCCACACUUGAAGUGCAGGACAUUUUUAUUACAGGGGUACUUAGUAUGAGAUAAUCUGGCAGACUAUAGGACUACAAUGUGGUCCAAAGUCCUACUAAGUAAAUUCCACCCACCAUUCUAGACCUCAGAUCCAACUCUAAUGCCUGAGGCCUAGAUUAAAUCUGGACAGCAGAAAAUCGACGCUAAAGCACAAUUGAAAUUUAAAGGCAAUGUUCCCGGAUUCGCUGAGACUACAUUAUCUGUAAACGCUGCAAACAGUAUGUCGGCUCAAUUGUAAAUUACCUUUAUAUUUUAAUUGCGCUAUAAUGCGGAUCUUGAUUAAAUCUAGAGUGUGCUUACAUAUCUACGUAGUUUGUCAUGAGAAAAAAAACAUACAUGUAUCCAUUAGUUGUAGGUCCAGUACUGUUGACGUGCAUGCAGUAAAGCAGGUUUUCAUGAACAGGAAAACCUUCCCUUAGUUUUAUAUACUCGCUAAACCAGCAAAGUCCAUAACUGUGCUUUGGCCCAUUUCUGUAACGGUGAGAAUGGUUAUGGGAAUGCCAGAGGAUACACAGGUUGCAGGAGAUUUGAGAACAGUAGGCUACUCUGCACCAGCGAGGUCCGUAAAUCGCGGCGCUGGUUUGGUGGCACUAACUCGAUGAUGCCAAAUGUGCCAGAGUAGAAAAAGGGGCACCACAGCUAACACAGAAAGGUCAAAGUUGAACUUUUCUUCCUGCAAUGGCGCAUCCUCACCAUCAUACAACAGAGGAGAAGAGCUGUCGAAACUCUCUCGGAUAAAUAGGCUUUCAAGAUAUCUUGCUUUUUCUUUAACCCACAAGUCGGGCAUUUGGCUGACAUCUUGGCAGACCCUACCUUGAACUCUUGCAAAUGGGCAUUUUUGUUUUAAGAACACAAUUGACGUUACUGUAUUAUGAUGAUGGUUUACUUGUUAUUGAAGUUGAUCUGUGUAGACAUUUGGAUGUAUAUGAAUGGAGUGCUUAUGAACCUCUGAUCAAUAGAAUGUGCCUGUUGGGUAUUUAUAAAAAUUGUGAAAGUAUAAAUUCUGAGCAUGUUGCUGUUCUAAAAUGAUCCAAGGUCAGGUCCCCUUCCAACCGUUAGAGAUACGGUCACUUUCUGCUGUUAUACUGUGGCUAUCUACAGUAGGAAAUAUUAAGAGAUUCACAUUAGAACCUUAUUAAGUAUGCCAAAUGAGCUACCUUUUAAAUGAAACAAGUAUUUUAGAUAAUGUUUGCAUGAUAAAGACAUUCAUUAUGAAAUUAAAUUAAACCACUAGAAUACCUACUGUAUAGAUACAAUGUUAUAGUAUUAUGCAAAGUAGAAGAGACCUUAAGGCAGUAUGAAAUAUCACAGUAGCUAGCUACAGUUGAAGUCGGAAGUUUACAUAAUGACACUUAGGAGUCAUUAAAACUUGUUUUUCAACCACUCAACAAAUGUAUUGUUAACAAACUAUAGAUUUGGCAAGUCAGUUAGGACAUCUACUUUGUGCAUGACACAAGUAAUUUUUCCAACAAUUGUUUACUGACAGAUUAUUUCACUGUAUCACAAUUUCAGUGGGUCAGAAGAUUACAUACACUAUGUUGACUGUGCCUUUAAACAGCUUGAAAAAUUCCAGAAAAUUGUCAUGGCUUUAGAAGCUUCUGAUAAGUUAAUUGACAUAAUUUGAGUCAAUUGGAGGUGUACCUGUGGAUGUAUUUCAAGGCCAACCAUCAAACUCAGUGCCUCUUUGCAAGACAUCAUGGGGAAAUCAAAAUAAAACAGCCACGACCUCAAAAAAGAAAUUGUAGACCUCCACAAGUCUGGUUCAUCCUUGGGAGCAAUUUCCAAACGCCUGAAGGUACCACGUUCAUCUGUACAAACAAUAGUUCGCAAGUAUAAACACCAUGGGACCACGCAGCCGUCAUAACGCUCAGGAAGGAGACGCGUUCUGUCUCCUAGAGAUGAACGUACUUUGGUGUGACAAGUGCAAAUCAACAGCAAAGGACCUUGUGAAGAUGCUGGAGGAAACAGGUACAAAAGUAUCUAUAUCCACAGUAAAACAAGUCCUAUAUCGACAAAACCUGAAAGGCUGCUCAGCAAGGAAGAAACCACUGCACCAAACCCGCCAUAAAAAAGCCAGACUACGGUUUGCAACUGCACAUGGGGACAAAGAUCGUACUUUUUGAGAAGUGUCCUCUGGUCUGAUGAAACAAAAAUAUAACUGUUUGGCUAUAAUGACCAUCGUUCUGUUUGGAGGAAAAAGGGGGGUGGCUGGCAAGAUGAAGAACACUGUCCCAACCGUGAAGCACGGGGGUGGCAGCACUUCACAAAAUGGUGCACUUCACAAAAUUGAUGGCAACAUGAGGAAGGACAAUUAUGUGGAUACAUUGAAGCAACAUCUCAAGACAUCAGUCAGGAAGUUAAAGCUUGGACUUUCCAAAUGGACAAUGACCCCAAGCAUACUUCCAAAGUUGUGGCAAAAUGGUUUAAGGACAAUAAAGUCAAGGUAUUGGAGUGGCCAUCACAAAGCCCUGACCUCUAUCCCAUAAAAAGAUUGUGGGCAGAACUGAAAAAGCAUGUGCGAGCAAGGAGGCCUACAAACCUGACUCAGUUACACCAGCUCUGUCAGGAGGAAUUGGCCAAAAUUCACCCAACUUAUUUUGGGAAGUUUGUGGAAGGCUACCUGACACCUUUGAUCCAAGUUAAACAAUUUAAAGGCAAUGCUGCCAAAUACUAAUUGAGUGUAUGUAAACUUCUGACCCUCUGGGAAUGUGAUGAAAGAAAUAAACGCUGAAAUAGUGAUUUAUGCUAUUAUUCUGACAUUUCACAUUCUUAAAAUAAAGUGGUGGUCCUAACUGACCUAAGACAGGCAUUUUUACUAGGAUUAAAUGUCAGGAAUUGUGAAAAACUGAGUUAAAAUGUAUUUGGCUAAGGUGUAUGUAAACUUCUGACUUCAACUGUACAUCAGUAAAUGUCCAACAUAGGUUAUGGAUGGGAUUCAAUCCGAGGCACGUUUUAGAGCGAUGUUGACAAUGUACCCAUUAAAACUAAAAUUCUUAAUGGUGAAACUGCCACAACAAAUAAGUUACUGCAAACAACAGACACUGUUUUUUCCCAUGACGUCAUUGCACACACGAUAGAACAGUGGCAAACUAUAUGUACUGCAUUUGUUUUUCUUGAUUCAUGACGCUCCCCCAGUGCUCCCCACCUCUGCUUCGUCGACAAAACAAAAACAAUAACAACAGCCGUGGAGCAGACAGUGGCGCCUUUUCCCCUAUUGUGUAUUCGAUCUUUAAAGGCAAUGUUCCCGAGGAGACUGUAGCUGCUGAAAAUGUCUGCUCAAUUGGAAAUUACCUUGAAAUGUCAUGAGUUCCACAAUGCGCCUCAGAUUGAAUCCCGGCCUAGAUGUCAGUGAAAUGUAAAAGUCUGCAUUAUGUCUGUUCUAACUGUAGACUCCAUCUAGAGGAAAUGAAACUCUGUAACAGGAAAAAGGAAAUGGAAGGUAUUAUUAGCAUAGUGUUUUCAAUUCAGAAUGGGGGGAAAAAGAUAACUCAACAAAUUCAGUCAUGAUAACAGAGGGUUUGCCAAUCCCGAGGUCCCACAACAUGUUCACAUUUGGUUGACUCCAUUAAAUAAUAAGAGUGCUGUAAAGUGCUAUCACUGCACUUGAAGGGGCAUACAUAAGAUUCUCCAUCCAUCUACAUACACAUUUAACAACAACUAUCAUGACAUUAGUAAUUGCUAAUGAUUUUUAUCCUGGUGGCGUUUAUGCCAUUUUCAGGGAUGACUUACUGUGUGUUACAUGGAUUCAAGUUUUAUAUGGACAUUUACCAGGCCUCUUGCAGUGGCUAUAUGGCAUUAUAAAUAGAAGCCCUUAUUUAUCCUCCUUCGAGCAAAGUGUUCCAGUGAUACCUGGUAUCUCAAUCCCUCAUUUGCUUUUAGUGUGUUUUGGUCUGGUUAUAUUUUGAGUGUGUGAGGGAUACCAUGGCCUAUGUUUCCUACUGUAUGAAAAGUGCUGUGAUAAUGUUUGGUAGUAGUGACACUUCUGUAUUUGUAUGAAGGAACUACUUCCAACAGUUUUGUAAUCGAGGAUAUACUUUAGAUGAACUAUGUGCCAGAAAGCCAACAAAAAUGUCACAAACGUGAUAUGGUAAGACUAAUGUAUAUAUCCUGUCAGAGUAUUACUUGUCAGGUACCCUCUUACAACCCUCUAAGCUACUCCGAGUUAAUGCAUUUAGACGAAAAAUCAUAGGUUGAGCUGAAGGUGCCAUGUUAGGAUUAUGACAAGUUAAAGUUGGCUUUGGGACACAUAACUCAACUGUUACCAGGUGUGUGGUGUGUAACUGUUGAAUUAGACAGCCGAGUUUUUGCAUAUAUGUUUGAUAUCUUUUACAAAUCAGUGGCAAAAUCAAUGUGGGGGUUAGGAGUGGCGAAACCAAUGUGGGGGUUAGGAGUAGCGAAACCAAUGUGGGGGUUAGGAGUGGCGAAACCAAUGUGGGGGUUAGGAGUGGCGAAACCAAUGUCAACAGCCAUGCAUUCCUUUGUACAGUAUUCUGAGGAUUAAAUUGGUUUCAGAUAAGUGGCAAUGUUACUACUGCACACUAGAGAGUUUCAAUGAGCUCUAGAUAGCUUGCCGGGCAGUCUGCAUUGGGUGCAUCUAGCAUCAGUUUACCCUACCCAAGUCCUAACCUUAAUCAUGACCUUAGAUCAGUAUCUAAGGGCAACUUCAUCCUACAUGUUGAAGUAACCUGGCAACUUGGACAAGUAAUCAAACCAGCCAUGAUUAAUCAGAGGCGUUGGCGAGUCCAUCGCCCUGUGCCGAGUCCAUCGCCCUGUGCCGAACCCUGAUUGGAUGACUUCUGGCUGACCUCGGAACCCUCCCAGACCCCUCAGCUCACCAAUAUCUGUAUAGCCCUCCUCUACUCAAUUCACAUCAUGUUUGCUCUGUGCUGCUCCCCAUUGCUUGGUGCUGUGUCUUUGCUGUACAGUGAACUUGCAUUCCAUACAUUAAUAAACUAAAUGAAAA